GGUGAGAAACCUUAUGUAUGUAAGCAAUGUGGGAAAGCUUUUACCACACAUAGAUAUUGUAAGGUUCAUGAAAGGAUUCACACUGGAGAGAAACCUUUUGUAUGUCAGCAAUGUGGGAAAGCUUUUAACACACAGGGAUAUUUUAAGAAACAUGAUAGAAUUCACACUGGAGAGAAACUAUAUGUAUGUAAGGAAUGUGGGAAAGCUUUUAACACACGUGCACAUUGUAGGAUUCAUGAAAGAAUUCACACUGGAGAGAAACCCUAUGUAUGUAAGCAAUGUGGGAAAGGUUUUAACACACGGGGAAAUUGUGAGAAGCAUGAAAGAAUUCACACUGGAGAGAAACCCUAUGUAUGUAAGCAAUGUGGGAAAGGUUUUAACACACGGGGAAAUUGUAAGAAGCAUGAAAGAAUUCACACUGGAGAGAAACCCUAUGUAUGUAAGCAAUGUGGGAAAGCUUUUAUGACACAAGGAAAUUGUAAGGAACAUGAGAGAAUUCACACUGGCGAGAAACCUUAUGUAUGUAAGCAAUGUGGGAAAGCUUUUACCAAACACGGACAUUGUAAGGAACAUGAAAGAAUUCACACUGGUGAGAAACCAUAUGUAUGUAAGCAAUGUGGGAAAGCUUUUACCCAACAUAGACAUUGUAAGCGACAUGAAAGAAUUCACAGUGCAGAGAAACCAUAUGUAUGUAAGCAAUGUGGGAAAGCUUUUAAAACACAGGGAGAUUGUAAGAAACAUGAAAGAAUUCACACUGGAGAGAAACCAUAUGUAUGU